UGCAAGCUAAACAAGAACGAAAAGAAUCCGUCUGAAAGCAACACAAUGUUUGCCGUGAGAAACGCUCUCCGCCUCGGCUGCAGGUUGUCCAUCCCAGCGGUGUCGAGGAGAGGAUGCGCCAGUUCUUCCAUCCCGGUGGACGACGUGGUGAAUGGACUCACUGAUGACCAGAUACAGCUCAGGCAGACGGUUCGUAAAUUCUGUGCAGAGAAGCUUGCACCUUGCGCUGAUGAGAUUGACAAGACGAAUGAAUUUCCAGGAAUGCGGGAGUUUUGGAAAGACAUGGGUGAGAUGGGACUCCUUGGGAUCACUGCUCCGGAGGAGUAUGGGGGCACAGGAUUGGGCUUCCUCGAUCAUGUCAUUGUGAUGGAGGAAAUGUCGCGAGUGUCGGCAGCCAUUGCUCUCAGUUACGGCGCCCACUCUAACCUCUGUGUCAACCAGAUGGUACGCCACGGUAACGAGAAGCAGAAGGAGAAAUACAUGCCAAAGUUGAUGACCGGAGAGCAUGUCGGAGCCCUGGCCAUGAGUGAGCCCAAUGCCGGCUCUGAUGUCGUGUCCAUGAAACUCAAAGCCCAGAAGCAAGGCGACUACUAUGUUCUGAAUGGCGGCAAGUUCUGGAUCACAAAUGGCCCGGAUGCCGAUGUCCUUAUUGUUUAUGCAAAGACGGAUCCUGGCGCCCAUCAAAAAGGCAUCACAGCUUUCAUUGUUGAAAAGGGAAUGCCUGGAUUCUCUACUACACAGAAGCUCGAUAAACUCGGCAUGAGGGGCUCAAACACCUGCGAGCUGGUCUUUGAAGACUGCAAAAUCCCAGAGGAGAACAUCCUCGGUCCGCUGAACAAAGGUGUUUAUGUGAUGAUGAGCGGCUUGGAUCUGGAGAGGCUGGUGCUUUCAUCAGGACCUAUUGGCAUCAUGCAGGCCGUUUUGGACUCUGCGGUUCCCUACCUGCACCUCAGAGAAGCUUUCGGACAGAAGAUCGGACACUUUCAGCUAAUGCAAGGCAAGAUGGCGGACAUGUACACCAGGCUGAGCUGCUGUAGGCAGUAUGUGUACAAUGUCGCCCGCGCUUGUGACAAAGGACACUUCAGUUCAAUGGACUGUGCUGGAGUGAUCCUCUAUUGUGCGGAGAACGCCACCCAGGUCGCCUUGGAUGGCAUUCAGUGUUUGGGUGGGAAUGGCUACAUCAACGACUACCCCAUGGGGCGAUACUUGCGUGACGCAAAGCUGUAUGAAAUCGGCGCCGGCACAAGUGAAAUUCGCCGGCUCAUUAUUGGACGAGCCUUCAACACCAUGUACAAAUAAUCCCGACUGAGAAAUUGGGAUCGCUAAAGACUGUACGAGCGGUUUGCCGUGGAUGAACGCAGUUACUCAUUCCCAGGGCCUUACGUAUACUGAAUGAUUUGUUGCCGCUGUUGUGGAUUGUCACACAGGAUUUGAAUUCAUAUACGCAGAUAUAGCGAUAUAUAUAUCGUACAUGAAAUCACACAGAGAUGAUCGUAAUGUUACAAACUACCAGCAAUGACUGUUUUGGUAUGUUUCUUUCGUAUUUGGUUAAUUUUAAUGUGAGUUGCAUUGACUUGAUAACCACCGAAAUGCCAAUAAAGCAAUACAAUUAUUAUUUUUUAGAAUUGAAUAGGUUGUUCGUUGUAUUUUAGUUUAUUUAGGCUUCUGGAAACUUCUGCAGCUGUUUCGUCUUCAAUGUCGGUGUUUCAAGGGUUAUAAGAAUGAAUUGUGAAUAAUGUACAAUUAUUAUACAUCAUUAAUGAGUUUCUCUAACCUUACUAGUGAAUAUCACUAGUUGAUUUAAAGAAAGUAUCAUGAGCUUUAUUACUUCCCUUUCAUGAUUUCAUUGAAAACCAUUUCUGAUCAAUAAGUGGGAAUAACACAUCUGAUAUCCGAGUAUUCUGUUGUAGAGAAUUAGCGUUAGAAAGCCGUUUGUUCGUUUUUAGGAGCAAGCGUUUCCCACUGUUGUGUACUGGCUGUACAGUCCAACUGGAGAAACACUCCUGAUGAUUUGUUUGUCUUCUCUUCUCCUAAGGACUAAAUGUAGAUAGUGUGAAAAUGUACUGUUGUCUGGCAUGAAUAGAAUAAAUGUUUUAUUUCUGGA